AUUUUAAUGUCAAAUUACAUUUUUUUGUCACAUUUGCUGAGUUGGAAAUAAAUUACGGAAAUUAAAUUUUGUUUAAUUUCGACUUUAUCAAACCAUCCCGGAGUAAUUUAUUUCCGAAAAAUUAGAUCAACACACAACGAUUCGGUGUGAAGACCCCGCCUUCCAUUUAUAAUUUCCCGUCUUCCACCACAAUGGACGAAUCUAUGAUGACCGUGAAUAUGAAGAUCAACGAUCACACCAAUGAAAUCGAAUACAUUAAAAUGGAAAAUAUCGACAGCAGCAGCAGCGAUGAAGGCGAAACGGAAGAGGGCGAACAGAUUGACGAUGAAAAUGUCCUGGUUGCGAAAAGUGACGGUGUCAUGACGAUCAAAUCGAAAAAGAAAACUGUUCUGGAGCAUAUCUGCGCGAAAUGCAACAAAACGUACAAAACGCUGGUGGGUCUGAAGCGCCACUUAAAUUUGUGUCGCAACAUGCCAAAAGAUCAGAUCAUUCAACUCAAGCAAGAAGCUGCACUGGAGGAUAUCGACUUUGCUGCGGUGGACGAGAAUACAUGUUUCUGCUGUAUGGAGCCCAAAGACACGGCUCAUGUUGGCCAUGUGAAAUGCAACUUUUGUCCGAAAUCGUUCAAAUCGCAUCUGAACCUGGAACGCCAUCUGUUUACCAUUCAUUCGGCCAGCACCGAAUUUCCAUGUGAAUGUUGCAAUGCAACGUGUCCUUCUAAAUUGGUGCUUGAACUGCACAUGGAAUCACACAGCACCGGGAAACCAUUUUCGUGUCAGGUGUGUGGACGAGACUUUACGCGUAAAUAUCAUCUGGAUCGGCAUAAAAUGUACAGCAAGUGUGGCAGUGGAAAGAACAAGUCUGAGCUCACGUGUCAAGUGUGUUCGCGUGUAUUCACGAGAAUCGACAAUUUGCGAGAGCAUCUGCGUGGUCACAUGGGAAAGCCGACACGUCGCAAAGACUAUCAGUGUCCGUACUGCGAGAAAUCCUUCUACGGAUCGUCACUGCUCAACAUUCACAUAAGGACGCACACGGGAGAAAAGCCUUUUUUGUGCGACCUCUGUGAAAAGUCAUUUCCAUCCAACGGGGCGUUACGCAAACAUCGCAGGAUGCAUACCGGAGAGCGACCGUAUUCAUGUUCCAUGUGCCCGAAAACCUUUGCAGCUAAGGAAACUCUUAACCGACACACCAAAAUACAUACUGGGGUUCGCCCGCACGUUUGUAACGUUUGCGGUAAAGAAUUCAUUCAGUCCACACAACUUCGGGCUCAUAUGUUCCAUCAUUCUGGCGAGAAUGGCUUUAAUUGUACCCAGUGUCAGGCCAAAUUCAAUCGAAAAUCCCGACUGGACAAGCACGUCAAGCAAGUGCACAGCGAAGCGGCUCCCGAGCACAGUGCUUUCAAACUGCAAUGUGACCAGUGCGACGAAACGUUCGCCUCUAUGGCCAAACUGAACAGUCAUAAGAAGACGCAUUUGGAGAUUAAAAUUUGUACAAAAUGUAACAAAACAUGUUUCGGCAAAGAAGACCUCGUCCGGCACAUUCGGCUCAAGCACAAGGACGUCUACGAUGCUACGAUCAAAGCUGAAGCGAAAAAAAUCCAGCGAAAAGUGGCAUCAAAUGAGCUCAUCACACCGGAUCUGAUACAUGCGAAUAAGAAAGGAAACGUCGACGACACUCAUCACGUUGUUGUUGAAGAUGUCGAAAUGGAAUCGUCCGAAUAUCACAUCACCUAUCAAGAUGGCUCGAAUUUGGAGGCAACCAUUGUGUUGAAACAGGAGAAAGACCAAGAUCAAAUGAUCCACUUCAGCGACGGCGAAUUGACGGAAAAGGUGAAACAGUUGCUCAAUUUGUUGGUGGACGAUGAUACGCUAGCCGAAUUGGGCUGGCCGGAGAAAAGCGUUGAGGACGUGCUGAGUUCGGUUAUCGAGCAAUGCGAUCAAACGCCGGCUGAUUACACCACCUGUCCGGAUUAUGCAACGAAAAUUCGAGAGAAUACAAAGUUACUGUUCACGACAGUCAUCGAUACCGAUGCCAUCAAGGAGCUGUUAAACAAUCAAACGAUCGAUGAAGUGAUAUUGCAUGUUCUGAAAACAGCUGGAUGAAACAAUAUCGACAUAACGGUAAGGCAAUAGUUUUAUCAAGUAGAACGUUUAUCGGUCAUAUUGAUAUCCGAUUUAUAAGCGACAGAUGCAUUAGGUGAUAAGAGAAAAUAUUUAGAUUUUCAAACAUUUUUUUGCAAAAAACAUUGGAUCCUUACCAGUGUUUAGCUCAUGCUUUAAUUGGGCGAAUCUAGGGUCAAAUUUUGCUACAAAACAAAACCAAGAAAUAAAUUUUUAACAAAAAAGUGGCCCGCCAAAUUUAACUGACUCUUUGUCAGUCAUCAUUACCCAUUGGUUAGGACUUACGGUUAACUGCAAAACGUAUUUCGAAGUUUACAUCUCUUCCCACACUCUCAACAUUUGUAGUUCAUCAAAGAUAAAACGUCGUCUUGAGCUAGCCUUUUACUUUCUGAAAGAUCGGGUUACUGACGAAAGCAUAAUUUAAUCGGUUCAGCCUGGAGCAAGAUCCAGGAUCUAUUCUUGAGAAAAUGUUUUCUUGAAUUUUCACGAUUUUCAAGUAAAUUCGAGAAAAACAUUUCUCAAAAAUGGGUCCAGAGGCUCAGUAGAUCUUUUCCAUUAUAAAAUUUUUAGUCCAAAUAAAUAGUCCAAAAUGUGUUCCGAAAUGUCGAAAAAAAAAACAAUUAACCCACCAGGCUGCAUUGAAAGUUUUGAUCACGUGAAAAAAUGUACUUCACAGGUGCCAAAGAUUGCCUCUAGUUUUUGAGUUCUCAGAAAUGUGACAAAAGGUGAAUUGGUGUAUUGAGACAUUUUUACACAUUCGUAAAGUAGAGUUUACUGCUCGGACUUGUUUGAAAAGUCUACAUUGAGGCGUCCUGUGUUUUUCAUUAUUUAUGAUCAAAUCUGUUCAUAAAAAUCCUUAUCUAAAAAUAUGACAAUAACCACCAGCAAUGUGUUAGCUUUAUAUAAAAAAAAAAAUAGAUUUGUUUGUGGUAGCCUGACCAUCACUAAGAAAACUGAGCAGUUUAUGAAAAUUUCGGUAAACUGUUGACUUUUCUCACAGUUGGUAAAACUGUUACCACCAAAAAAGGAUUCUGGUGAAAAGAUAUCUUUAAAAAUAUGAAAUGUACAAAUGUAGGCUACAAUUUCAGCCGAGCAUCGGUGCCUCCUAACAAAAAUGUUUCGAUUGAAAGGACAAUUAGACAAUCCUUAAUGUUAUUCACUCUACUCUAAGCGAAAAGGAAGUUUUUAGGUAAACAAUUAAAUUAAAGAGAGAGAGAGAUUGAGAACUUUCAGUAUUUUCUUUCAAUAUUAAAUCAAUUUUCGCAAAUAUUUGAAACAGACAAUAAAAUAUCGCAAACAGAUUUGUAUAAGUGCCUUAAAAAACAUUAUCAAAGUUUAUAGAUUAUCUGUUGAAACAAUUUAAUAAAUUUAACUUUUGUACUUUAAA